CCAGCCCGCGUCUGAAUCUGCUUCUGAUUCCAGCUCCGCCGAUGAGGCCCCCUCCCCUUCCCUCCGUGCUUCUCGACCCGAGCAGCCCCGCCCCCGGCUGGGCCCGUGCUUGCGCCUGCUGCGCCCCCCACCCCCUCCUGGCACAGCUCGUUAGCCCUGGCUGCAGCCGGGAAGAGGCGUCGGCCAGUGCACCGCAGGCCCCGCCCGCCCACGGCCCUUCCCGGGAGGCCGGGAGACCCACUCCUCCCGGCCCUCGGUGGGUGAGUGCGAGCGGCGGGCGGCGGGUGGGGCCUCCGCGGGCGGAGGCACCGGGAGCGGGGACGACGCCUGUCAUCGCUCCAGGCCCAGCGGGAGGACGCGCCAACAUCCCCGCUGCUGCGCAGGGCCCGGGGCGUGCCCGCCGCGGCUCCCACCUCUGGGCCGGGCUGGGGCCGCCCGGGGGCUCUGUUCCUCAGCAUUGCGGGGCCUGGCGGGCAGAGCCGCGGAGGGGGCUCCUUCUCCCCGAGGGCAGCGUCUUGGGGCCAGGCCGCUGGCUGACCCGCGGCGGCUCCGGCCAUGCCCGGCUGGCCCUGGGAGCUGCUGCUAACGGCAGGUACGCUCUCCGCCGCCCUGAGCCCGGGACCACCGGCGCCCGCCGACCCCUGCCACGAUGAGGGGGGCGCUCCCCGGGGCUGCGUGCCGGGCCUGGUGAACGCCGCCCUGGGCCGCGAGGUGCUGGCGUCCAGCACGUGCGGGCGGCCGGCCACUCGGGCCUGCGACGCCUCCGACCCGCGACGGGCACACCCCGCCGCCCUCCUGACCUCCGCAGGGGGCACGGCCAGCCCUCUGUGCUGGCGUUCAGAGUCGCUGCCUCGGGCACCUCUCAACGUGACUCUCACGGUGCCACUCGGCAAGGCUUUCGAGCUUGUCUUCGUGAGCCUGCGCUUCUGCUCAGCACCCCCAGCCUCCGUGGCCCUGCUCAAGUCGCAGGACCAUGGCCGCAGCUGGGCCCCGCUGGGCUUCUUCUCUUCCCACUGUGGCCUGGACUAUGGCCGCCUGCCUGCCCCUGCUAUUGGCCCAGCUGGUCCAGGGCCUGAGGCCCUGUGCUUCCCAGCGCCCCAGGCCCAGCCUGAUGGCAGUGGCCUUCUGGCCUUCAGCAUGCAGGACAGCAGCCCACCAGGCCUGGACCUGGACAGCAGCCCAGUGCUCCAAGACUGGGUGACCGCCACCGACAUCCGCAUAGAACUCACAAGGCCUAGCGCGGUGGGCAACCCCAGGGACUCGGAGUCCCUCUCUUACUCCUACGCAGCCACCGACCUCCAGGUGGGCGGGCGCUGCAAGUGCAAUGGACAUGCCUCACGGUGCCUGCUGGACGCGCAGGGCCACCUGAUCUGCGACUGUCGGCACGGCACCGAGGGCCCCGACUGCGGCCGCUGCAAGCCCUUCUACUGCGACAGGCCAUGGCAGCGGGCCACGGCCCGGGAACCCCACGCCUGCCUCGCUUGCUCCUGCAACGGCCACGCCCGCCGCUGCCGCUUCAACAUGGAGCUGUACCGACUGUCCGGCCGCCGUAGCGGGGGUGUCUGCCUCAACUGCCGGCACAAUACUGCCGGCCGCCACUGCCACUACUGCCAGGAGGGCUUCUAUCGAGACCCUGGCCGCGCCCUGAGUGACCGUCGGGUUUGCAGGGCCUGCGACUGUCACCCCGUUGGUGCUGCUGGCAAGACCUGCAACCAGACCACAGGCCAGUGUCCCUGCAAGGACGGCGUCACCGGCCUCACCUGCAAUCGCUGCGCCCCUGGCUUCCAGCAGAGCCGCUCCCCAGUGGCGCCCUGUGUUAAGACCCCUAUCCCUGGACCCACUGAGGACAGCAGCCCUGCGCAGCCCCAGGACUGUGACUCGCACUGCAGACCUGCCCGUGGCAGCUACCGCAUCAGCCUGAAGAAGUUCUGCAGGAAGGACUACGCGGUGCAGGUGGCGGUGGGCGCGCGCGGCGAGGCGCGCGGCGCGUGGACGCGCUUCCCAGUGGCCGUGCUCGCCGUGUUCCGGAGCGGAGAGGAGCGCGCGCGGCGCGGGAGCAGCGCCUUGCUGGUCCCAAAGACAGGAGGAGUGCUUUCCCACUCCACACUCAGGGAGCUGCUGGUAGCUGGGCUGACAGGUGCCACCUCGGAGAAGCAAUGCCACCUCACCCUGUGCCUCUGCAGGGAACUCGAGGCUGGUGGGCGAGUACCACUUAGGUGAGGGCAAUGCAGUGUUGGUGGCGAGAAGUGACGCCCUCACUCCUCAGAGGCCAAGGGAAAGUGGCUUCCCCCCCACCGAGGGAGGCACCCCCACAGGGCCCUGCUGGCACUGUCUGCGCUGGGCUGCCUGAACCCAGAGACAGUGUGGGAUAUACUGUUUGUGGGGUGUCAUCCUAAUGUCAUCUGCACUCCACCCAUUGAGUCCAGAGUGACGCUCAACCCACAGGGGUUGCUUGGGAACGGAUGCCCGUGAGGAGGUGGCUGUUACUCGUCAGCCCCGCUCUACGGACACGGUAACCGCAGGUUAAGGACGAUGCGUGGCUCGUCCACGUUUCAAACAAACAGGUGUCAGAGCCGGACUCUGCGGCCAGGCCCAUCUGACUGCAAAGCUGGGCCGUUUCUACAGUAGCCCCUGCCUCCCCUCCCUCUCCCCGGCUGCCGCCUCCGGCUCUGCACUUUAUCAGAAGUUGGGAGGCUAUGGGGACAGGCAAGGCCUUGUUCACUGCGUGGGAGCAGAUGUGGCUUAUGACAUUCAACAGCAGCCAGCCCGAGGGCAGAUGGCAGGGAAGGCCACUCGGCCGUGAGCACUCACCUCCAGAGUGCGGGCACUCAAACCCGUAAGUGUGCCAGCCCGGACAGCAGCCAGCCCGAGGGCAGAUGGCAGGGAAGGCCACUCGGCCGUGAGCACUCACCUCCAGAGUGCAGGCACUCAAACCCGUAAGUGUGCCAGCCCGGACAGCAGCCAGCCCGAGGGCAGAUGGCAGGGAAGGCCACUCGGCCGUGCGCACUCACCUCCAGAGUGCGGGCACUCAAACCCAUAAGUGUGCCAGCCCGGACAGCAGCCAGCCCGAGGGCAGAUGGCAGGGAAGGCCACUCGGCCGUGAGCACUCACCUCCAGAGUGCAGGCACUCAAACCCGUAAGUGUGCCAGCCCGGACAGCAGCCAGCCCGAGGGCAGAUGGCAGGGAAGGCCACUUGGCCGUGAGCACUCACCUCCAGAGUGCGGGCACUCAAACCCGUAAGUGUGCCAGCCCGGAGCGUUUUAUGUUUUUGAUCAGUUUUCACCUCCCGUUACUUCUUCAUCUCAGUUGCCAGUUUAAAGAAAACCUCACUCCGUUGUGAAUGGCAAUCUCUCUAUGUGGAAAGGGAGUACGAUUAGAGGGUGAUUUAAACAGAACUCCAUUUUUUACCCCCUCAUUUUGGUACUAUUUGACUUUCUGUUAUUUCUCCAUUCAUACAUCACGGGCAUAAUAAAAGACUUUUUAAACCUAAGGAAA